AUGGAUGCGAAAACAUGGGGGUCGAGUGUUUUGAACCAAUCUGAGGAGGACCAGUCUGAGGAAUCAACCCUCGUAAAAGCUGUCAUUGGCGCCAACAACAGCUCGUGUCAAGGAGAACUUCCAUGUCUCUAUGAGUUACAGGAUGCCUUGCCGCUAUAUACUAUCGAUGACGAACGAAAUGAGCGUGUCUUACUGCUCCAUUUGACUGUCACCACUACGGCUGAUCGCAUCUACACUGGACACAGCUACAAGCAAAACGCGGUCUAG